GUCGCCAUUUUCGUUUCGUUCCGUGCCACAAAAAUUUUCACAGCAACGCCGAGUACCGAAAAUAUCGGUUUUUCUAUUUAAAGUGCGUUUUCAAUUGUUCUAACUUUGGGUUGGUGUAAUUAGCAAGUCGUCGGAGUAAAAGUUAAGAAGAUAGCAUGAGCGCCACGCCGCCGGACUUACUUUCCUUGGCGGUGGCCAGAGAAGUCUCACUCGCAGUCGCCGCCUCUGCCAACGGCGGCAGCAGCAGAACCGCUGAUAAGGAGCGCUCCCGGUCCAAGGAUCGUGGCAGGGACAAGGACAAGGACAGGGACAAGGAGCGCGACAAGGACAGAAAGAGAAGGGAUAAGGACAGCAGAGACCGGGACAGCCGUCGGCGGGAUGACCGCGAUAAAGACCGCGACCGUGAUCGCGAACGUGACAGGGAACGCGAUCGUGACCGGGACUCCCGCUCAAACCGCAGCAAGUCGCGCAACUACGACGACCACGAUAGACGCAGGAAGCGGUCGCGCAGCAGGGACCGUGAUCGUGACCGCAAGCGGGACAGGGAUCGUGAUUCGCGCUCCAAGCGCAGUAGUUCGCGGGGCGGACGCGGCGAUGAUUACGACCGGGGUCGUCGUCGUCGCUCCCGUAGUCGCAGCUACGAGCGCCGGCGGAAUGAUCGAGGCGGCCAAAGGGAUCAGCCAUCGCAAAGGAGCAGCAGGGAACGCACACACGUUAACCCCUUCGACACAUCAAACAGUCGAAACUCAAUGAACAUGGAUCACGAUCAGCCCAGGAUUCCCUCGCUCUUCGACCGACAGCCACAGGGCCUGGAAACUAUCAGGGAGGAGGGAAGGGAGCCGCGGUUUGACCUCUCUCAGACCAUUCAGGAGCUUAUGGGCAGUGCGGGAGGUAGCAAGGGAUUCGCCUCGUUCUUCAACAACCAGAACAGCAACGACUCCAACAGCAAUGGGGCUUUCGAUAACUCAAUGGACAGCGCUGCGGAGCGAAAGAGGAAGCGGAAGUCUCGCUGGGGCGGCAGUGAGAACGACAAGACCUUCAUACCCGGCAUGCCCACCAUCCUGCCCUCCACCCUGGACCCAGCCCAGCAGGAGGCCUAUCUAGUUCAAUUUCAAAUCGAGGAGAUCAGCCGCAAGCUGCGAACCGGCGACCUGGGAAUCACGCAGAAUCCGGAAGAAAGGUCCCCCUCGCCGGAGCCCAUUUAUAGUUCUGAUGGCAAGCGGCUGAACACCCGUGAGUUCCGCUACAGAAAACGACUGGAGGAACAGCGUCACCACCUGAUCGUCAAGAUGCAGACGGUGAACCCCGAGUUCAAGCCACCGGCGGAUUACAAACCGCCAGUCACUCGGGUCAGCGACAAAGUGCUGAUUCCACAGGAGCAGCACCCGGACAUCAACUUCGUGGGCCUGCUGAUCGGGCCGCGCGGCAACACGCUCAAGGCUAUGGAGAAGGAUACGGGCGCAAAGAUCAUAAUUCGCGGCAAGGGAUCGGUGAAGGAGGGCAAAGUGGGGCGCAAGGAUGGCCAACCGUUGCCGGGCGAGGACGAGCCGCUGCAUGCCUUUAUCACGGCCCCCAAUCCGGAGGCGGUGCGCAAGGCAGUGGACAAGAUCAAGGACGUCAUCCGGCAGGGUAUUGAAGUGCCCGAGGGUCACAAUGAUCUCCGCAGGAUGCAGUUGCGAGAGUUAGCUCAAUUAAAUGGAACCCUUCGAGAGAACGACAUCCAGCGUUGCACGUGCGGCUCAACGGACCACAAGGCCUGGCAGUGUCCGGAUAAGCCGAUCAUCACGAAUACGAUUGUGUGCACCUCUUGUGGAGGAACCGGUCAUUUGACCAAGGAUUGUCGCAACAAGCGCCCCGGAUCAGGAGCCCCGGGCAUGGCAUGUGAGGAUUCUCAGGCGAAGAUCGACGAGGAGUACAUGAGCUUGAUGGCGGAGUUGGGAGAAGGACCGCCGCCGGCAGCAGUGACUGCCAAGGCUGACCCGCCGGCAAACAGUGGUCCCCAGUUGCACCGGGCUAGCUAUAGCAUCUUCGAUAAAAAGCCCUCCCAAAUGCAGGCCAUCCAAUCGCCACCGAGCUCUUCGUCGCGAGAUCACCAGCGCGACCUGGGCGGAUGGGGAGCGGCGGCGCACGAUCACGGCAUGGGCAUGGAGCACGGUAUGGGAUUGGACCAGCACGGUCACGGUUUGGCAGCGAUGGAUCACGGCAUGGGCCUUGGCAUGGAGCACGCUAUGGCCUAUGUGCCGGCACCGCCGGGCUCCCAAGCGCCGCCCCCGAUGCCGCCGCCGCUGAUGCCAUGGAUGAGCGCACCGCAACCGCCGCCACCGGCGACGGAACCUAUGAAUCCACCCAUACCGGGCACCUUGCCUCCGCUCAUCCCGCCGCCACCUGGCACCGGUGCCCCGCCGAUCCCGCCGUGGGGCGGAGGCGCCUACAGUGGCUGGGGCGGCGGCUAUGCGCCGCCUCCACCUCCGCCCUGCGCCCCGCCACCACCAUCCUUGAGCCUGUCGCAGCCGCCGCCACCUCCACCGCCCGCCACUUGAUCUUUCGGAUUUUAAUAGGAUCGAUCGUGACACCGCUCAGAUGCUCCGACGAUAGUGCUUGACCGCAUGAGACUGUCCCUGCAAUCAAUUAUGAACGUAACAUUAAUACCCGACAUUAUUCGCUUUCACUAUAAUUGAUAAUCGAGACAAAGCUACAAAACUAAUUUGUAUUUUACGAUGCUUCAAAUAAAGGACGGAAUUAAAUAAAUAA